AUGUACGCCGUAUUAAAAAACUUAGUGUUGCCUGGUGAAAUUAAAACUCAAAAAUUUGAGACAGUCAUCUCAAAAUUAAAAGAGUACUAUUGUCCAAAACAGUUAGUAAUUUCAGAACGAUACAAGUUUAACUCGAGGAAGCAGAAAGAAGGUGAAUCAGUCAACGAUUUUAUCAUCGAAUUGCGUCGUUUUGCCUCAAGCUGUAAGUUAGAUGAAUUUUUAGAUCAAGCUUUAAGAGAUCGGUUGGUUGCCGGUUUAAGUGAUGACAUAAUGGUACGUAAACUAUUAGCCGAACCUAGUGCACUAUCGUUCGAUUCUGCGUGCAAAACUGUUAUGGAUAUGGAUACUGUAAGAAAAAAUACAGCCAUCAUGCAUGAGCGUGUUAAGGCAGAGACCUUGUCUAUUCGUCAAAAAUUCAAAAAUCAGUCAUCCAAAUUACAAUCUCAAAAACACGAAGAUGUAUCGUCAAAAGUCAUUCAAAAAAAGAAGUAUGUUGGUGAGCGAAACUCCAGUCAUGGAAAUGCUUGUGGUCGGUGUGGUCGAAAAUCUCAUUCAAAGUCAGAGUGUCCAGCCAAGGAUUGGGUUUGUUUCAACUGUUCAAAAAAGGGACACACUUCUCAUAUGUGUAGAAAUAAUAAAAAGUCUGUGAAUAAUUUAGAAAUUAAUAACGUUUUUAGUAACGCCCUUAAAAUGACUGUUUGUAUUAAUGAUAACACAUUUUUAGAUUUUGAGGUGGAUUCAGGCGCAGCUGUCACUCUGUUACCAAUUAAUGUCUAUAAUGCAGAGUUUUUUGGUUUUUUACUUCAGCCAAGUGAAGUUAGGAGUCAGAUUGUGAGUACUAAACAAGUGGAAGUUUUGAUUGUGAAUGAUCGGUCAGUGGAAAAGUUUAAAGUUAAAUAUCUUAAAGUAUUUUCUAAUAAUGUGGAGCCAAUAAGAGUGUUUGAGGCUACUAUUGUGCUAAAAGAAAAUGUGGUACCAGUGUUCCAUAGAGCGUAUGAUGUUCGCUAUGCGAUUAGAGAUCAGGUUAUUAAAGAGUUAAACGCUUUAGAAAGCCAAGCUAUCAUCACAAAAGUGUCACAUAGUCAAUGGGCAUCUCCAAUUGUGUGUGUUCCACGUAAGAAUGGUAAAAUCCGGUUAUGUGUUGAUUUUUUCAUUGAAAAUGUUCAAAAUAUGAAUGAUCUAACUUCAAACAUAAUUUUGAAUGAUAUACCUAUGCAAGGAGGUGGUGCUGGUCGAGCAGCUUUUGCAACUCGAGAACUAUACAAAAACUUUUUUAAUUCCUCAGCUGGUUCAUUGCCGUGGCAAAAUGGAAAAAUUUAA